CAUGUCAUCACCUUACACUGUGCGUCCACAUAACACCUCCCUCGGGCUGCUUUUCCUUCCUUGCUAAGCAUACCCUGCCUCUUCCUCUUCAGCCUCUCAGGCACGCGACCUCCGCCGCCUCCGGAUCGCUCUCCCGCAUCCCUGUGCCGCCGCCUCCGCCACUCCCCCUUCAUCUCUCCUAGCCAAGUUCCAGCCCUCCUCCUUGACCGCCUCUCUACUCAUCUGAAGAAGUAGCACGGGCGAGCCGCUACGCUUGAGCCGCCACAAGAUCGUCGGGUGGAGGAUCCGGUGCCGACGAGCCACUCGCGCCGGUGUCCGAGGUCACGGAGCCCCUGGAACUGCCGGCGCCAUACAGAGAUGGGUCAGUGGGGAUGAUGGUGUUGGGGUCUUGAGGGGAAAGGCGCCGCCGACGAGGACGGCGGCAUGGCAAGGUGUUGGGAUGAUGAGCUAACUGACAAUGCGACGAGAUCUUAUAAGUGGUUCUUAGAGGUCUACCUGCUGGAAGUGAUCAAUUUCGUCUGGGUGAAUUGGAAGACGUUUUGACAUAUGUUAAAAUGGUGUAUCCUGUGCUAGCUGACUGGUCAAUCUUUUCAUUUGCUGGGAGCUGAAAGUUGUAUUUCCAAAGUAACAGAGGAUGAACCAUGGUUCUCAGUAGGUAAUAUCAGAAUCGUCGAGUCUUGCCGAUCACAUGAGAUCACUGAUCUUAUUUUGGUGCACGGUCAGCCUGAAGGUUUGAUUGUCAUCUACCAUUAGGGUCCGCGGCGUUUCUAGCCAACAUUGAAACGCCGACCAAGCUAGCGUUUCUGGCCAACACUGAAACGCCGUGGUAGCCAGCGUUUCUUCCGUGGCCCACAGUCAGUCCGAACCCGCUGUUUUCACUGACGUGGCACAUAAGAAACGCCAAUGGCCCUGGCGUUUCUGCCCUGUAUUUAGUAAUGCGCGCGGGGCCGCUGGGGCUUGACCUAGCCCAUAUCUCGGACCGCUUGGGCAGUUCGUCCCUGCCCCGACAAACUGGCGGCCGCCCCCUCCCUCUUCUUCACCAACUCUCCCCCAGAUCUCCUAUUUUGAUCAUCAAAACGAGUAGAUCUAAGCACCCCCGAGUUACUUGAGGAUGUUUGAGCCGGAUAAAUAUCCCGGCCUUGAUGAUUAUUACGAGGAGAAGCAUCGUGCUGUGCUUGUGGAAAGAGGGGAGGUUCCUCCAGUACUUCGGUUGAGAGGCCACAACCCACGUGAGUCACUGAUGUAUGACCGUCGCUACGAGCCUUAUUUUAGAAGAAUGGAUCUUCUCCAGUUUGUGCUCAACUUUAAAGGCACACCACCAUGGCUGAACUCGACGGCCAUUACCGCCCUUACGGACCAUUGGAGCCCGGAGACGCACUAUUUUCACCUUGCUCUUGGUGAGAUGACCGUCACUCUGGAGGAUAUUGCGAUGAUCUCCGGUCUUCCGAUCGAAGGCAGGGCUCUUACCGGGAAGGUGAAGUCCGAGGGGUGGCGACAAAGGGAUGCAGGUUUGGUUGGUGUUGAACCUCCCCUGUGGAUUCAUGAAACAAAGAAGGAUCCUAGGCCAUCUGGUGUUUUGUUCUGGUGGCUACAAGAACAUUUUUACGAGUGCCCAGAGAAUGUCAGUCCGGCUGUUGUGGAGAGGUACGCAAGGGCUUACUUAUGGAAUCUUAUGACCCAAGUGGUGUUUCCCGACGGCACGGGAGACACAACCUCCUGGAUGUUCUUGGACCCUCUUCGUAACUGGGAUGUUAAGUGGAGUUGGGGGUCGGCGGCACUAGCCUUCUUGUAUCGUCAGUUGGACGGAGCAUGUAUGAGGAGUAAGCCGAAAUCUUGUCUUGGUGGUUUUGUUUGGGCCCUACAGAUUUGGAUGUGGGAGCGUAUCCCUAUGGGCCAUAACUUGACCAUUGCUCCGGAAGAACCUUGGGAGUGGCCUUUCGACGGGGAUGAGGAGCGGUAUCCCACUAUCGCAUACACGUGGGCUAAUGUCCAAGUGUCUAGUAUCGUAGCCAUGGGGCGGUACAAGGCAUACAUAAGCGAGCUUGACAUGCUUACUUACAACCACGUUAAUUGGAGGCCGUACAUGGUACUUAGGCAGUUCCCUUUGAGCAAUAUGUGCUUCCGUGACCAACAUCUUUGGCGUGUGUGUUGCCCCAUGAUAUGCUUUUAUGCGGUGGAGUGGCAUCUUCCACAUCGUGUUUCGAAGCAAUUUGGAGUACAACAACGCACCCCGCCGGAGUAUGUUGAGACAAGUGUGGUGCUACAUAUGACGAGCCGGCAACACAACAAGAAUGUCAUUAAUUGGGAGGAUCACCAUCUUAUGUGGGUGGACAUGUGGAAUGCUCAGAGGAAUGCCCGAGUUGAAGAUGAUCACACACCUGACAACGACGAGGGGGCAUAUUUAAGGCAUUUGGAGUGGCUUCGCAAAGAGUACAGAGUUAUCCUUAAGGGUGCUUGGACUCGUGCCGAUUGUUUGGAAGUAACGCCAAGUGAGGCUGCUGAUGGUGCAUUCAACAACUCUAUUAGGGAGACCAUUGGAGCGCACCUAGAUUAUGGCCCUCUGCAUGACCGAGUGGGCACGGAGCUAUGGAGAUGUAUCAAUGAUAGUAAUGUGGUGCUUGGCCGCCCACCUGGUAGAGAAACGGACGGUCUCGUUAGGAGUACUCUACAGGUUCAUCAACGGAUGUGCGUGCACGUGCUCAGUAUAGAAUGGAUGUUCUUUCUUCCGCUCGUCCAUUUUCGAGCCAAGCACGUCCCCGUGCUUCUUCCGCUCGUCCUUCUUCCAGCCGAGCACAGAUUGAUGAACAUGAAGAUGAAGAGGAGGAGACAGACUCCGAUGCGGAUCCGGACUAUGUGGAGCUUGGGGCUUCGCAGAUGGAAGAUGCUCCACAGCCAACUCAACCUUCUCAGCCUUCUCAAGAAGCACGCCGAGUUAGCUCAAGGAACAUCCGACGUCCUGGAUGGCAGAACACUCCAGAGGGCCACGUCAACAGGGGGAAGCUGCGAAAAGAGGCAAGAAGUGAAGUGAUGACUGAUGCGAGCUUGUUAGUUCUAUAUCUGGUGAACUAGAAAUGUAGUUACCUUUUCAGAUGGAGCGAACUCGUUAGUUCUAUAUCUGAUGGACUUGUUAUUUCUAUGUCACCAAGACUUGUUAAUUAUUAUGUAAGCUGGAUCAUGUUAAG